AUGGACCAGAUCCUCGUCCAUGUCUCUGCCCCCAGCAGCGCCAGAGAUGAUGCGCGAUACCGAGCCCAGGUUGCCGCCAUCCGCGCCAUGCAGCCCGUAACUGAAGCUGUGGCAGAGGUCGCCUGCCCGGCCGCAGACCAGUCCGACGAGACUUGCCACCGCGCACACGCCCCCGAAGCGAUAUCAGCCAGGGCCUCGACCCCGAUCAGGCCCAGCGAUUCAAUUUCGAGUCAGGCCGAUUCCCUCGAUAGUAUCGUCAGCGUCAUUCCCGACUCGCAGCCCUGCGAUCCCCAGCCACGGGCGCUGCACGAACCCGAUCCACGCGGAGAACCACUCCCUAAACGCCGACGCAAUGAAUCGGGAGUAUGCAACAGUACUUCUGUCCCUGCACAGGGAACUCGCUUAUCUCCAAACGAAGGAAUCCCCCACCCGCUUCCGAUUUCAUUUGCACGCCCAAUCUCCGUCCAGGAUCGCAGACCGCUGCUCAAUUCCCUCCCCGUAGAAAUUCACCCCCCUCCACCCCCAAUCUCCACUGCCCCUUUCACCACCCACGUCACCCCAACUCUAUCCAUGCUCGUCGACCGCUUGAACCCGACGCGCACUUAUAGACAAGUUCGGGAUUUGGACAAGCUCGAACGUGGGUACUGGGCCGUGCAGAUCGGUAUCCGUCCGGACCCGCUUCCUGCAGGCACUACUGGGACCGAUCCAAGUACCGAGCGUUACUGGAAUGGAGAAUUGUUUGCGAGGUUCUGGGACUUUAUGACCGAGUUUAUUGGCCCUGAGGCGCGUGCUGGUUGGGGGGUGUGGUGUUUUCUCGAUCGGGCCCCUGACGGGGGAUCGACUGAGGGCGGUUUGUCGGUUUUGCUCAAGGUUUAUGCAUGGGGGGAGGUUGCCAUGCACGUUUAUCUGCUCUUGUUCCUGGCGAGUGAACGCAAGGUGAGGGGUUUGGAGGCUCAGUGGAGGGAUUCCAAUGAGGAGGUGGUCAUUCAGAUGCCAUGA